CCCUCCUCCCAGCAGCUGACUGUAUUCUCAUUUAAAUGUCUGUAGAGGGACACCUCUCUCCUCUCCACAGCACUCCCAGGUGAAGUCUGUCUUUGUCAUACACUCUGACAGGGCACAGAGGAUAGAACAGAGAGGAGAGGACUGUUUUGUGACACCUUUUCCCGUCAUUAUUGACUAACUAUAGACAUUUAAAAUGCUUGGAAUAUUUUACCCAGCAUGCUCAGGGAUGGCUAUUGUUUCCUGGAAAAAGAGUUUUCUCAUUUUGGAAUGACAUUUUGUUAGAUUAUGAUUUUUUUUUUUUUUAUGACGUAAAAAUCUAAUUCAACUGGAUCAACUUGGUACUGUAUAUGUGAGGACCUGAAUGGACCGGACCAUUGGUACUACAACUGAAGGAGCGUGCUGUUUGGGAGUGCGCUGGUUCCACCUCUGUGACCUUCUAUAACAGGACACCGCCUGUCAGAGGGGAUAUGGUCUUUCUUUCUUCCGUGGAGUUUGGUUUCUUCUCUGGUACUGCUGGGGUGGACUGCUGCUACUGUUGAGGACAAGGAGGCUGAGGAAGCUGCUGUAAGCCAGGGAGACUUCCUUGGACCUGUGACCUGGGGGUGAUAGGAAGCUGCCCUAAGGAAGACUUGGACCUGGGGGUGAUAGGAAGCUGCCCUAAGGAAGACUUGGACCUGGGGGUGAUAGGAAGCUGCUCUAAGGAAGACUUGGACCUGGGGGUUAUAGGAAGCUGCUCUAAGGAAGACUUGGACCUGGGGGUGAUAGGAAGCUGCCCUAAGGAAGACUUGGACCUGGGGGUGAUAGGAAGCUGCCCUAAGGAAGACUUGGACCUGGGGGUGAUCGGAAGCUGCUCUAAGGAAGUCCUGGACUAAGGGACCUGGGGGGGACAUGAGGGUCAGUUUGGAUCAGGAUCAUCCAGGCCCCCUGUGAAUGGGGAGAGAGAGAGCGAGAAGGAGCCCUGAUGUCUGUACUGCUGCUGCUGGUCUGUAUGUCUCUCCUCUGCUCUGGGACGACUGGGGGAUGGAGACCAUGCACAGAUCUGUUACCUUUGGACUUCCUGUCGCGGGUCUUACCACCUGGCGGGGAGCCCCCCCUGCCUGAAGUGCACAUGGUCCAGUCCAGGGGGGCCCGGGGCCUGCAGCUAACCGGCUCUCAGGAGGCCCUCAGCUUCCCCGCUUCGCAGCUCUUCACCAACUGUGACCACUUCCCUUCUGAGUUCUCCUUCGUGGUCACGCUCAAGAUCCCACGCCUUGCCAACAAGAGGAACGAGUACAUCUUCUCGUUGGUGGAGGAGGAGUCAGACCGGCUGCUGAUUGGUCUACUUGUCUCUCAGGAGAGGCUCCACUUUUUGUUCCAGGGCCCGACAGGCAAGAAACGGAUCACGUUUAGGGCGGUGCGGCUGGCGGACAACCACUGGCACACAGUGGUGGUGGCCGUCACCGGGCGCUAUGCUACACUCAGAGUGGACUGCGGUAUGGCCCUGGAGCUGGUCUAUGAGAAGCCUUUCCCCAGUGAUCUCUGCACUGCCCACUCCAGGUUCUACAUCGGCAGCAGGAGGCGAUGGAAAGGACUGUUCUCUGGUCUGCUGCGACAGCUGGUUCUGUUGCCUGGGUCAGAUGCUACCUCCCGAGUUUGUCCCUCUUCAGACCCCAGACUGGCAGUCCUCUCUGUCCCUCAGGCCCUGCUCACCAUGCCCAUCACACCCACUGGGAACGACAUAGUCCCCCUGUAUCCUUACGAGGCAGAAGUGUUCAUAACCCCGGGGACCCAGCCUCCCUGUGCCAAGGCAGAGGAGGGCCAGCUGUGGUUUAACACACUGAAGAAAGGCUUGUUCCUGUGUGAUGGACGGCUGUGGAUGCCUCUGCUGCAAGAGAAAGAGCGUCUGGACUAUGUUGAAGACUACCAAGACCUUUACACCAACUCAGAGACGUUCGACAUCGAGGUGUUCCACAUCCCCUCCCAAGGACUGUUCGCUGCCACAGCCAAUCGCGAGACCAACCCGGGCUCUGGAAUCUACAAGUGGGUGGAUGGGAAGUUUCAAGUGUAUCAGAACAUCAUCACCUAUGAAGCACGGGCAUGGAAGUACUUCACUGUGGGCAACAAGAUGUUCCUAGCAGUGGCUAACUCCAAGGGCCAGCCCGGCGGGGAGUGGGAGGAGUCAGUGAUCUACAAGUGGAGCAGCAGGAAGUUAAUGUUUCUACCUUAUCAGACCAUAGAGACACACAGUGCUCUGGACUGGGAGGCCUUCAGCAUACAGGAACAACAUUUCCUGGCUGUGGCCAAUCACAGACGAGGUGACAACAAUCACAACAUCGACAGUGUGAUUUACCGGUGGAACCCAGGGACCAAGGUGUUUGAGGUGAAUCAGACCCUCGAGACUUCUGGUGCCUACGACUGGGAGUUCUUUUCCGUGGGCCCAUACCACUUCCUGGUGGUGGCCAACACUUUCAAUGGAAUAUCCACCAACAUCAACUCCACCAUAUACAUCUGGCUGGGAGGAAUGUUCCAGCCAUUUCAAUACAUCAAGACGGUGGGAGCGACGGACUGGGAGAUGUUCCAGGUCAAGGAUCGGUACUUCCUGGCGGUGGCUAAUGGCCAGAAACUGAACGAGAGAGGCCCUAGUCACUACAACAUCAACUCAACCAUCUACGAACUGAACGUGAUCACACAAACCUUCGUUAAGUUCCAGGACAUCGUCACAAACAGUGCGGUGGACUGGGAAUUCUUCUCGGUGGGUGAAGAGAAGUUCCUUGUUGUGGCCAAUUCUCACGAUGGAUCCUCGUAUUCUUUAAACAGUGUUAUAUACAGGUGGCAGGGAUAUGAGGGCUUUGUCCCUAUCCACCGGCUCCCAACCAUCGGCUGUACGGACUGGGAAUAUUUCAAUACCACAGCAGGAUCCUUUCUCGUCUAUUCUAGUGCCACCUCUCCCCUGUCUAAAGUCUUCAGACUGAAGACAUACUGAUUCCUCACUGUUCUGACGCUCCACUAUCUGAGCCAGUUAGAGAAACAUGAUGUAGUGGAAAAAUGGAAGGGGAAUGAAUUACAGCUUUUCUAGCGUUGCUGGACAGACAAGCAGGCAGGCAGACAGACAGACAGACCAACAGAAAGGCAGACAGGCAGGCAGACAGACCAACAGAAAGGCAGGCAGGCAGACAGACCAACAGAAA